GUUCAAGAGACUUCAGUGAAGCGGUACUAUAAUGGUAAAUCGAAAGGUAAAAACAUACCACAUUGGGUGGGCAUCACAGCAACGAUGUACUUAAACAAUUGAAAUAUUAAAAACAAUCAAAAAAAUUAACACUAUGUACACGAAUUUGUGUGUUGUGCUCACCGAGUCGGCCGAGUAAAAAUAGUGCAUCUACUCUCUAUGCUGUCGCUACGUAGACAACAUGAGUUGUGGUCGAAGCGCGUAAAUUAUAUUAUUUUUAGAGCGAAUGGGAAAAAUAGCGUGCGCGAAAUCCGAGUGCCGUAUCGUGCCGAGUGACUAUUGUCAAAACGUCGAGUGACACUGAUUGAAUCGAGUGCCGUGUGUAGUCACUGACAUUUUAGCAACCGAGUAUAUUAGAUGCAGUGAUUACUAUGAACGAACAUAAAUUUCAAUAAAAAAAAAUGAGUGGUGCAAUAGAAAAUGAUAAAAAACCGGUGGACAAUUGUUAUGUAUGCAAAAAAUUAAGUGCAUUAAAAUGUUCAAAUUGUGUUAAAGUAUUUUAUUGUGGCCACGAACAUCAGCGAAAAGACUGGAAACGCCACAAAUUUGACUGUCGACCAUUUGAGGUUGCGAGUAAUGAAAAAUUUGGUCGAUAUUUGAUAGCUAGUCGUGAUAUAAAAGCCGGCGAGAUAUUGCUAAAGGAAUCACCUCUUGUGUGUGGCCCAUCACAAAUAACGUGUCCCGUAUGUAUUCGUUGUCUGCAGGGUCUUGAUGAGACUGAUAUUACUAAUGAUCAGGUGUGUGCAAAAUGCGGAUGGCCAAUUUGUUUGGAGUGUUCAGCCGAUAAACAAAUCGAAAAAAUGCAUCAUGAUGAAUGCGAGAUAACGGUGGCACGCGGCAACAAAUUUUCAUUACAAAACUACUUUAAUCCACAUCCCACCUAUCAAUGUUUGACGGUGCUACGUUGUUUAUUGUUGAAAGAGCAUUCGCCAGACAAAUGGAAUAAACUUUUUCAAUUGGAGUCACACUGUGAUCAACGACGUGGAAGUGCACAGUGGUGUAAUGAUCGGGAAGGUGUUGCAAAGUUUAUACCGCGUUUUUUUAAAUGCCAUGGCCGAUGGAAUGAAGAAGACAUUCUCAAAGUGGCCGGAAUCGUUCAAAUAAAUGGGCACGAGGUACCGCUGACCACACCACCAUUCGUUGCCAUUUACGAUUUGGCAUCGUUGGUCGAACAUUCGUGCACACCAAAUUUAACAAAAUCAUUUACAUCAAAAGCCGAUUUAAUAUUUUGGGCACCGAAUAAAAUAAAAAAAGGUGAACACUUGAGCAUUUGCUAUUCGGAUGUUUUAUGGGGCACGGAAAAUAGACAACACCAUUUAUUGCAAACGAAAAUGUUUCGUUGUGAUUGUCCCAGAUGCAGCGAUGCCACUGAAUUCGGGACAUUUUUUAGCGCACUAAAAUGUAGCCGAUCAAACAACGGUUGCGAUGGACUUCUUCUACCUGAAAAUCAAGGCCAAUGGCAUGGCAAAUGGAAAUGUAAUAAGUGCAGUGACAUUGUUGAACAGCAGUAUGUAAGAUCGAUUCUUGAUCGAGCCGCCAUGGACCUGGAAGCGUUGGAGAAAGACAAUGAACUACAAUUGACACAAUUUAUUGAACAAUACUCAAAAUGGUUGGCUCCCAAUCAUUAUUACAUUUGCGACGUUGAACUGACUUUAACGCAAGCGAUUGGUUCAGGCGAUCCGAAAAACUUACAACUUAUUUCCAAUUAUCAAUUGCAAAAGAAAAUCGAUUUAUGUGAAAAAUUAUUGAAAUUAUUCAGAGUGUUGGCAGCCGCUGAAUCACGUUGUUUGGGUGCACUACACUUUGAAUUGCAUGCAGGAUUAGCUGAACUUGGCCGUCGUGCUAUGCAGAAUAAAGACAAUUCCUUUCGAAAGGCCAUCGAGAACUCACUAAUAAAUGCAGAAGAAACCGUUCGAUUACUAGCACAUGAACCAAUCGAGCUUAGCGAAGGUCAAAUUUGUAUGCAAGCCAAAGCAAACAUCGAGUCUUUGAGAGUAAUCUUGGCCGCUGCUUCGGACAUUUAAAUUCAAUUUCGUAAAUAUGUCAAAGUACUUGUCAACUGUGGAAUAUUCAUUGAAAAAGUUUUAUUUUCGUAGAAAAGGUAGUUUUUUUUUUGGUUGUCAUCCGGAUACCUUCAAUGAGUUGUUUUCCUUUACAAAGUUUAAAUGAUUCAAAAUGCAAAAAUAAGAUCAUCUAUGUUUUCAAUGAAACGAUAAUAUUGUAUGUUUUGAUUUU